AAUUCUGUAGGAAUUGGUCUCGAUGGCUUACUGACAUGUUUGGGAUGGAUGCUGAAACCUGUGCACCUGAAGAUGAGAACUGUGAACAUGACAGGGCGGGUGGAGAUGGUGAACCUCAAUCUUUUCCUCUCCUGAACGAUUUGAGUGACCUCCUUAUGCUCCCAAAAGACAUGCUUAUGGACAGACAUGUCAGACAAGAGGUCUGUCCAUCUAUUAGUCUUCCAUUGGUUAAACGGAUACUCUGCAACUUCACUCCGGACGAGUUCUGUCCAGACCCUGUUCCUGGUGCCGUCUUAGAAGCGCUGAAUGCCGAGUUUAUUGCGGAGAGAAGAUUGUCAGGAGACUCAACCAGAAGUUUCCCAUAUGCUGCUGCUCCAGUUGUGUAUAGCCCUCCUUCCUCAGCUAAUGUGGCAGAGAAAGUUGGAGACGCAGGAUGCAAGUCUCACUUGGCAAGAAAUGCGUCAGCUGUUCAGCGGAGAGGCUAUACGAGUGAUGAGGAAUUGGAGGAACUGGAAUCUCCUCUUACAUCCAUCAUUGAUAAACUGCCUUCAUUUCCAUCAGCUCAUGGACAAGACAAGCCCAAUGAACUAAACACUCGCACCAGCACCAAUGCUAGAUACCAGCUCCUUCGUCAAGUCUGGUCCACGUGAAAUGUGCAGAAAAGAUAUUUUGGGGGGAGGGGGGGACGAAAAAGAAUAGAAAGAUUCUAGAUGACUGAAAAUCUCGAGUUAUAAUAAUCCGACUUAAGCCGGUAUAUAUGAUCAGGUCCUGUGUAGCGUAGCGUUGAAUCAUUUUUACUGUUUACCAAAGAGUCUGUUAUGAAAAAACAGUGCACAGAAACCUUAUAUAAUGUUUGAGGUUACUGUUUCUUUGCU